CCUCAAGCUAAAAAAUCCAUCAGAACCAAAGUCAACCGCAUGAAAGAGACGACAACCAGCAUACUCGACAUUGUUGAAAACACAGCAUCAUUCUACGAACGCAUGGAGGGGUUAUUCAAGUGGAGGAUUCCGUGGGUCUCCUGGCUGGUGGUGGUGGUCCUCCUAAUUUUCACGGUCCUCUUCUAUUUUGUUCCUCUCAAAAUCAUCCUAAUGGUUUGGGGUCUUAACAAAUUUACGAAGGCGAUUCUGAGACCAAAUGCGAUCAAGCAUAACCAGGUGAUGGAUCUUCUUUCCCGUGUUCCUAAUCUCUUGGAAUCGGACGAAUUAAUUGAGUUUCGUCCGGACGCCUUUAGUCUUUCAGCGGCUAACACACGUGUUAAAGUCAAAAAGUGA